AUGGCUUUUCAGAUUAUGUCAUGUCAUGAAAUUUCUGCAUAUUUAUCAGAAAAAAAACAAGUCGAGUCCAAAAAAAUUUCAAGCCAAACCAAGAAGAAAAAUAAGUCGAACCAAAAAAUUUCAAGUCAAGUACAUUGUUUCAAUAUUUUAAUUUUGACAGAAAAUGUACUUCUCUUGGGAGAUACUUGUAUCAUAGAAGGAUGGCUUGAUAAACUUGAAACUCCUGGUGAAGACUUAGAUUCAAUUUUUUCCAGCUGUAUUCAUUUUUAUGAAUGUGAGAAUUAUCGAACGAAAAAUUGA